AUGGUUCUGCUGCAAUCGAGUUGGUUCCAUGAGCGGUAUAGGAUGCUGUUUUCCGGGCUCGACCCUGUUGCGAGUUCGCAUGGCCUUCCUGCUGUCCAGUUGCUCCUGAUCCCAAAGCACGUCUACUGCAUCGCGAGCGAUGUACCGCACAAGGCUACUCCAGGCAAUCUUCUCCACGUUGAUACGCUUCUUGAACAGCAGGAUGGCAUCUGGGGCAUCUACGUCAGCUGGGACCCCCGCGGUAUCAACCUGGACACAAAUCCGAGCCAAGUGAUGUGCUUCCAGAGCGCAUCGGAGUACUUGUCACUCAUCACUAACAUUAUUCAAGGAAAAGGAAAAGGCAUCGAAUGCAGCGGCGUAGUGAAUGGUGCUAUGCUCAAGCAUGUCGGAACGUCGGGCAACGCGAGGGAUGUUGUCGCCGUGACGGACGCUCUCGAUGGCCUGGGAAGCCCGGUAAAAGUCUGGGGCGUAUCAUGUACCUGGAUGUCUUACCUCACUAGCGCGAUUGCUCCUGAAGUCUUCGAGUCUGCUCUUGGCACCCCCUUCUGGCUGUGGAACGGCCGGGAGUACGUCAAGCUCGCAGGCGAGCAGCUCCGCGAGGAAAUGAAACUCUGGGAAGAAUUGCCGGAGUGGCAUCGGAAGAUCCUGUGCAGGCACGACAGGUUCAAAGGCCCCAGGACCCUUCGUACACGCCGGGAUCCCAGAAUUUUCACCCCCGCCAAGAAAGUCAAGGCCGCCUCGACUCCGUCGUCAGCAGUCGGUCGUCCCGUCGUUGAGUGCUCUGGCGGUGCUGAGUCGGUGCGUGAGGGUGGCGGCUCCCUCUCCCGCACUUGCUCAGAUGCUGCUGGGUCGCAAAACGUCGAGAUGGUCGGCGAACCCUCAAGCCCCGACAGCGUUGUUCUCCGUCCGAGCGUCGACCGGCCAGAUGGUACUGCUGCUGCGCCCGCAAGGAGUGGCUCUUCUUCGGACGCUAUGGCAGGCAUCGUCGAACUGCGAGAUGUGGAGAUGGCGGACGACGCCUCAAGCCCGCCCCUGGUCAGUGUCGUCUGUCCGAGCGUUGAGCUCCUCGGUACCGUCAUAGUGGCAGGACAGGCGGGUUAUCCUUGCGUCAUUGUGACGGACACUGCCGAGUUGCAAGACGUGGAGAUGGCCGACGCAACACCGGAGGCCCCCUCGACCCCGACCCCGACCCCGACCCCGACCCCGACCCGCACCUCGAUCGCGACCCCGACAGCCCUCGGUGUCGGCUUCCCGCCCAGAGCGACGGUCGCACGCCGAGCGGUCUCCGCUCCGGCCACCUACAGCUCCCCGUCCCCCAACCUCAUCGGUCAAGACCUCCUCAAGCGCCUCCGGGCCCAGUUGGACGCGCCUCAAGCUCGACGCAAGGCAUUCUCGGGGCCGGAGAAGGGUGAGAAGAUGCUGAACAGGCCGCGGCCCAUGCUCCCACUGCGGUUCGAGAAGAAACGUCCGACGAAGGGCGCGACGCCCGUCAAGCUCACGACACCCGUCAAGCGCGAAUUGCAAUGCUCUGCCGAAGACAAGGAGAACGUCAGCCCCGCGACCGCCAACGGCGUCGACGUCACGGUCAAGGCCCCCGCCGGGGUUGUCCCCCGCAAGCCAAAGGGGAUCCUGAAGAAGCCUCGGCGCGCCGAACGGCCCCCGCCGGCGGUCAUCAAGCGCGCGAAGCCAGGCCAGCAGCUGCAGGUUCAGGUCCAAGUUCCGGUCAAGAAGUCCGUGCGCUGGGCUCCGGAGGUCAUCGCGAAGGUCAGCGUUCUCCUACUCCGAUCUCCCAGGAACGCGCAUCUGACACGCAACGUGAACAAGUUCGCGCAAACGGACCUCGAGAUGAUCGUCCAAGCCGCAAAGUCUCCCGCGCCCGCGCAACGCCUCGAACGUCUGCAGCAGCUCGUCAACACGUACUUCUGA